AUGGGGAUCCAGAAGCCCUUACAAAACCAGACCUCAGCAGAUCUCUGGACUGACUUCUCCCUCCCUUCUGUCAGACCUGAGGACACUGGGAUCUACAGAUGUACUUACAAGGACAGGACAGCCUCUGGUACACAAUCAGAAUCCAGUGAGACCCUGGAGCUGGUGGUGAUAGGAUCUCUGCCCAAGCCUUCCCUCUCAGCCCUCCCAGGCCUGAUGGUGGAGCCUGGGAAGCAUGUGACUCUCCUGUGCAGGCAGACCCCUCAGUCAGCACUAUGGAAAGCAACAUUUACUCUGUUGAAGGUGGGCAGACCUCAGCCCCUGCAGAGCCAGAACACAUCUGGCACCUCAGCUGUCUUCCCCCUCCUCUCUGUGAAGCCCCAGGAUUCUGGCAACUACACCUGUGUCUACUAUGAAAGAAUGGCUCCAUACCAGGCAUCAGAGCCCAGUGAUGCCCUAGAGAUCUUGGUGACAGAUGCACUCCCCAAGCCUUCCCUCUCAGCCUGGCCUGGUCUACAAGUAGCCUCAGGGAGCAAUGUGACCCUCCUUUGCUGGGGACCCUCAUGGAUACCUAGGUUUGUUCUGUAUAAGGAGGGAGUUGAGAGAAUCCUGCACAGCAUGGAAGCCCAUGAAGACCGGGGUAGGUUCUCCUUGACCCAUGUAACCUUCAAGGACUCUGGCAAUUACAGCUGCAGCUAUCAGCUGGGCACCAAUGAAAGUCUCUGGAAGCAGUCUAGUGAUGCCCUGGAGCUUCUUGUAAGAGAAGUAAAAGAGCCAAGUAACAACCUCGCCAUCAUCCUUAGCUGUGCUUCCUUUCUCCUCCUCCUCCUCCUCUGCCUUCUCUUGCUUGCACUACUGGGAUCUUUGCAGAGAUACAUCUCUAGGAGCUAUUUUUGUUGCUCUUGUCUUCCUUGGAAUACCUGCAAGCCCCAUCAUGGUGAGGCAGCCAGAGAGGAAAAGCCAUAUAAAGAAGAGACCAGGGAGACAACAAGGGGACUAUUGAUCCCCAUUACUGAAGACCCACAGGGAAGGACUCAGCUAAACAUAAGGACCAUGAAUAAGAUGAAAACUGACAUCAGGAAUUCAUUCACAGAAACUGUGGUCUAUGACACAGUAGAAUGAGGGAUUGGACACUUUUCUCAAAGGAAUUGUCUCCCUUCUCUUCAUCCAUUUCUUCUACUCACCCUCACCCUUAUUUCAUCUGUUCCUUAAUGCAUCUUUCCCAAAAAUAAACAAUUCAAGUAUCAUGAAGACAAAAUCAGGAUAACACAAGAUUUAGCCAUUUCUACAUUAAAGGACUGGAAGACUUUGAAUAAGAUAUUUUGGAAAGCAAUGGAGGUAGGAUUAGAACCAAGGAUCACCAAACCCACAAAAGUGAUUAUAAUCCCUGAGUGGGGGAUGAAUAUUCAGUGAAAUAGAGGAUUUCCAAAUAUUCUUAGGGAAAAGAAAAGAUCUGAUUAGAAAGUUUGGCUUUCAGAUACAUUAUAAGAAAUGUACAAAGGUCAACAGGAAAAACAAAUCAAAAGGGAUUUCCCAACAUUAAACGAUUUACAUUCCUAAAUGGGAAAAUGGUAUUUCUGACUCAUAAGAACUUUCUCAUAUUAGGGAGGAUGUGUGUGUGUGGGGGGGGAGUAUACAGGAGAUAUAAGUUAUAUUACACACACACACACACACACACACACA